CAAAACAUAGCAAGUCUACGCUCCGACAUGGAAAGAUACACUGGUUCAGCAUUUCUCGCGCCUGCAGCUGUUAAAAUAUUAGGGCACAAAGUAUGGGCUUAAUUUAGGAAAUUAUCAAAGUAAACAAAAGUUUCAGUACACGCUGUGGUGCAAAAGCUGUGAUGUGCUUUAAAUACAAUCGAUAUUGGCGAUAAGUGCGUUAGAAUUACAGUAGCAGUGCCACGAUGAAGGUAGUAGCAAUCUGUGCCGUACUACUUGUGGAGCUGCUGUUCCAUGGCAGUGUGUUGGCGAACAGUAGUGCCGAAGCGGAAAGUAACACUGACAAUGGAAACGAGCAAUCGUCCCCUAGUGUACGGGAGAGUGUCGACACCAACACCAACGCCAACUCAUCCCAUUCUGGGCGCAUUAUCAAUGGAAAGCAGGGAAAUAUCGCAACAUUCACGUACAUAGUGCGUAUGAGAGUGAAAAACGAAGGUUACUGUGGAGCUACCAUCAUUACGUACUGGCACGUCUUCACUGCUGCUCACUGUGUGUACCCCAUUGAGGAUCCGGGCAAGAUCACAAUGUAGGGGGGCAGUGCGUCGCAAACCAGUGGAGGUGUUGUGUUUUUCCCCUCCAAAAUCGUUAUCCAUCCGAAGUACAAUAAUUCGACACUUGACUACGAUGCAGCAAUUAUUCGAGUGAACAAUACCUUCCAAGGGUACAAGAAUAUAGCUCCCAUUGCGCUCCAAGUGUCAGACGUUCCUGUUCAAACUAAGUGCUACGUGAUUGGCUGGGGCUGGACACAGUAUGCCACGAAAGCCACACCGGACAUUAUGCAAUACGCGGUGCUCCAGGUAGUGCCAGUGAAGAAGUGUGCGUCAGCCUAUAUCUACGUGCCGAAACAUUUUAUUUGUGCUUUCCAAGGAAAUGGAGUUGACAUAUGCCAUGGAGAUAGUGGAGGACCGCUCGUUUGUGAGGGCAAGCUGGCAGGUGCUACCUCUUUUGUUGGUCCGGGCUGCCAGGGUCAAAUACCGUCCGGGUUUACUAAAAUAAGCGCACCAUCGAUUCGGCAGUUCAUUCGAAAACAUGCGGGAAUUUAACAUUCAACGGUAACAUGAAAAGUUUAGGUACAAAAAAAACGUAAAAUCAUUGAAAAAAAAUGAAAACGAAAAUACGAAAGAUAUGGUAUUAAAUAUAUGGAAACUGUGUUGCUAAA